UCGAAUCCGGGGAGGGAGAACUAGGGUUUUCAGGGUUCCGGAGUGCGCGUGAACGAUGACGGACUUGGAUUCAUGGGAGGAGAUUGAAUCGCCGGCAGGGUCACAGGCGCCAGCAGCUCCAGCGGCGUCACGGCUCAAUCCAUCGGCGCCUUCCUUCACAUUCAAUCCGUCGGCGCCAUCUUUCAUGCCCAGAGCUCCAGCGCCGCCGACACCAGCUCCAGCUCCACAGCCGGCGCAUCAGCCUGGAUUUGCAAUCCCGGUCCGAAUUCCAGUCCCUGAGCCAGAGGAUUCGGCGCCGUUCGACCAGGCCAAUGGAAUGGAGGUGGAUCCUCCCAAGGAAACAAAGAAGGAGGACCCUCUUCCGGAGGAAAUUGUGGAGAAAUUCGAAGCCACCAAGAUCUCACCAGAUGUAGAAACUCGCGACGAGAUGGAUGCGGAACCAGCACCAAGCAAGGAAGAUUUUCCCGAAGAUGUUACUGACACUCGAUCGCACUUGAAUGUUGUGUUCAUUGGUCACGUUGAUGCUGGCAAGUCCACAAUCGGUGGACAGAUUCUUUUUGUGAGUGGUAUGGUGGACGAACGCACCAUACAGAAAUACGAGCGGGAAGCCAAGGAGAAGAAUCGCGAGAGCUGGUACAUGGCCUACAUUAUGGAUACUAACGAAGAAGAGCGUGCGAAGGGAAAGACGGUGGAAGUUGGCAGGGCUUCCUUCGAAACGGCUAAAACGAGGUUCACGAUUCUGGAUGCUCCCGGGCACAAAAACUAUGUGCCAAAUAUGAUCAGUGGUGCUUCACAAGCGGACAUUGGCGUGCUGGUUAUAUCCGCUCGCAAAGGUGAAUUUGAAACGGGAUUCGAAAGAGGAGGCCAGACACGGGAGCACGCUCAACUUGCGAAGACACUCGGUGUAGCGAAGCUCUUGGUUGUUGUAAACAAGAUGGACGAUUCUUCCGUUGGGUGGGAGAAGGAAAGGUUUGACGAGAUUGAGAAGAAGAUGACUCCAUUUCUGAAGUCCUGUGGUUAUAACAUCAAGAAAGAUGUCCAAUUCCUUCCAAUCUCGGGGCUUUAUGGAACAAACCUCAAAGAAAGAAUGCCGACGUCUGUAUGCUCUUGGUGGGAAGGACCUUGUCUGUUUGAGGCAUUAGACAGCGUGGAGCCGCCUCAAAGGGACGCUACUGGUCCGUUCAGGAUGCCGAUCAUCGACAGAUACAAGGACAUGGGCACGGUGGUCAUGGGAAAGAUAGAAGCGGGAUCCGUGAGGCGGGGCGAUAAUUUAGUGGUCAUGCCCAACAAGGCUCCAGUGAAGGUUAUCACCAUCUUCCGUGACGCUGAUGAAGUCAAUCAAGCCAAACCCGGAGAAAAUCUAAGAAUACGGCUGUCUGGUCUUGAGGAGGAUGACAUUUCAUCUGGUUUUGUGCUCUCCAGCAGCAGCAGCCCAAUCCCCGCUGUGCUGGAGUUCGAUGCUCAGCUUCAAGUGUUGGAACUUCUCGAUCACAAGGCUAUAUUCACGGCUGGAUAUAAGGCUGUUCUCCACAUCCACGCGGUCGUGGAAGAAUGUGAGAUCAUGGAGCUCAUGCAACAGAUUGACCCAAAAACCAAGAAGCCAAUGAAGAAAAAAGUGCUCUUUGUCAAGAGUGGCGCCGUUGUCGUUGUCAGGAUUCAGGUUCCUGCUCCAAUCUGCAUUGAGAAGUUUCAGGACUUUCCACAGAUGGGCCGUUUCACUUUGCGUGACGAAGGUGCUUGUCUCUCAACUUCUGUUACUAUGCUACUACUGAGAUUUGGUGUUGUGCUUCCCAUUCCAGGCAAGACUGUCGCCAUUGGCAAGGUCAUUAAGCUGAGGCAGGAAUGACUCAGAGUGACUUGUAGCGACGCUUUGGUUCGUGCUGCUGGCCUGAAUCUGCGAUGAAUUCAACGCAAUGGCCUAUAUUUUUGUUUCUCGCGUAUCUCCAUAUCAUCGAACUGUAUUUUGGUGAGCUAGCAAGCACGACAAACGUAUUGACACGUUUCUUAAUCUACGCAAGUUGUUUUCGAGAAUAA